UGUUUGUUGGCUUGUUGACAUUGCUGACAUUAUCGAGAUAAGAGACACAGGACGCGAUCAAGCUGUGGGUGAUGUUAUACUUUCAUUGAACAAAAAAUGCAUACUAGUUGUAAUUGCAAUGUAAAUUAUACUACGCCAAAACAUUCCAGUGUACUAUUUUGAUGGUUAAUGUUCGUAAAUUCCGCACGUGUACACUGCUUGACGAUCCAACCCCCACUCCUUGUUUCUUUGACUAAGUUUCGCUGACGUUAUUUACGCAGAUCAAAAUGGCAGAUCUAUUCGCAAAGAUUUCAUGUACUUAUUGUGAAGAAGAAAUUACAGGAAUUAGAGUUCAAUGUUGCGUCUGCCAGGAUUUUGAUGUUUGUUUGCAAUGUUUCUCUACGGGAGCAGAGAUUGGACCUCACAAGAACGAUCAUGCUUAUAAGUUUGUGGAACACUGGUCUGUCAGUAUAUUUGGUGGAAGAGGAAGUUGGACAGGUGGAGAAGAAUUGCAGUUACUGGAUUCUGUUGAAUUAUAUGGGUUUGGGAACUGGGAACUUGUUAGUCAGCAUGUUGAAACACGGAGUGCGGAAGAGGUGAAGGAUGAAUAUAUUUCACGCUAUUUAGAUGGUAACAUCGGCAAAGCAACAUGGGCUGAAUCACGAGACCGUCAACCGAUGUUAACCGACCACGUUCUGGAAGAUAAUGGACCAUUGUCACCAUUAGUUAUGUCACGGUUGCCGCCACUGGAUGCAACACCGGAGGAAGCUCAUCUGUUAGGAUAUAAACCUCAUAGAGACGACUACGAAAGGGAAUAUGACAUGUCUGCCGAGCAGCUCGUGUCGUCUUUACAAUUGGACACUGCUGAAGAUACUGACCUGGAAAUAGCUUUAAAAUUAUCAAUGGUUGAUAUGUAUACUAGAAGAUUAAGAGAAAGAGCAAAACGAAAACGAAUUGUUAGAGAUUAUCAACUUGUUGCUAAAUUUUUUUCAAACCAAAGAAAAGACUCUAAUAAAAGACCUCUUACAAAAGAACAAAGGGAACUUAGAGAAAAUAUGAAAGUAUUUAGCCAAUUUCUCACCUCAAGUGAACACGAACAACUUAUACAAAGUCUUGAACGUGAAAAGGAACUAAGGCAUAGAUUAUCAGAGUUGACUAGGUAUCGAAGUUUGGGUUUGACCACUCAAGAGGAAGUUCUUCAUCAAGAGCAACAUAUGGCUUACCAAAAACAACAACAAAUGAAACAAAGCAAAUCUGGCAGCAGUGGCUAUCAAAUAUCACAUCAGGAGCAGCAGUUAAAAAACGGAAAAAGCGAAGAAAACCAAAAUUUAUCAGAAAAAAGAUUCACGUGGCCGCUGUCAGAAGAGCAAGACAACAACAGUUGCAGCAGUUACAACUCGAACUCGGAUAAAAUCAGCCCUCCAUCACCAAAUGCCUUACCGUUGGGUUCGUUGUUAUCACAACAUGAAAUACAACUCUGCAAGUCAUUAAAUUUGCAACCCGUCCAGUAUACAACACUGAAAUCGCUUAUAAUUCAGGAAAAUUUGUUGUCACCAAAUAGGCAUCGAACUUUGGAAAUAGACAUAAACUCUUCAGACGUUAGCGUUAAAGAUGUUGUUACGCACUAUCUUAGUUACAGUGGCUGGCUUCCUGGAGUUUCCGUCGUCUGAUUAUUGCUUAAAGUUCAGAUUUGUAUGUAAUACAAUUUACAAUACAGGAACGUAAUUAUGUUUCAUUUAGCUGUAUUACACUGCAUAUGUGGGUUGUCAACUUUAUUUAACUGAUAAUAGUGGGUUACUAUAAUCCUCUUUUUUUCGUUUUGCCUGUAAUGGUGUCACCAUUAUAGCUGUUAACAUCCCGUUUGCAUAAUUGUAUAUUUUAAUACAUUGUCAGCGAAGUAGUGUUAAAGAGCAUUGCAUUAUUUUUAUUUUGUAUUUUUUUAAUUUCGAAUUUAUUUAUAAAAACGGAGAAUGCCUCAAAAUUUGAUUUUUUCGUUUGGAGUAUUGGACCUUGCAUACCAUUUUAAAUAUUUACAUGGGUACCAUUAAGUUAAGACUGUUUGUAUAUAUAUUAGACUAUUGUGAAAAUAGAGAUGAUAUUAAUGUA